AUGGAAUCCUCCGCCUCAUCGAACCAGCCCAACCCGCCUAAUAACAAUCCCAAUAACCCUCCGAACCAGGGCUCUGCUGCCAUUCCUGCAGCCCAGCAACAGAACCUAAUCCGCACUGAUCAAGUCCAGAAACUCCCACACCUGACCGAUGCGAUGAAAGCAGCAAACACGCAGGCUGUGCGGAGCCUGUGGGAGACGAUCAAUGCAAAUGCUGCGGGUACCCCCGAGUAUAACGCCGCCCAUGCAAAGUUAGCUGGUAUUUCACAGACUCUCAUGCGCCAGAUGAAGUCGUUUCAGUAUCGACAGAUGCAGCUUCAGCAGCAGCAGAAACAAAUGCAGCACGUGCAGCAGCAUGUCAAGGACAGGCGCACGGGAAGACAGGAGUUGGGCAAAGCAAAACUGAACGAGUUACGCCAGGCAUACCAGCAACGGCAAAGUGCAGGGAAUUUGACUCCGGAGGAGAUGCAGGAUUUCAAGAAUCGGCAGGUGGCCGCUAACAAGCUGUUCCAAGAGGGAAGCGAGUUCUUUAUCAAGUUUAAAGAACAACAAGACUCUUUUCGAGUUGGGCAGUCACAGGCGCAGACGCAAACGCAGUCACAGCCACAGCAGGCGCCACAACAGCAAACAUCAAAUGCGCAGCAAAAUAGACCUGUCGUCGGUGGUCCCGCUCCCACAGUUCCGCAACAACAGCAACAGCCACAGGGUCCGAUUGUGAAAACCGAGCCGGGCUUGCCUGAUGGGCCCCGUCCGCCAGCUCAAGCUUCUACUAAUGGGCCAUCUCCCUACACUAUUACCUCUGCUGUAGCUGCGCGAAACCAGGCUGGCCAAACCAUCAUGUCUCCUGCCACUUCACAGGCGGGUCAACCCACUUCACAACCACCUCAAAUCACCGGGCAACCUCAACAAUCCACGGCUCAGAACCCUCUACCACAGUCACAACCACUUUUUCCCCAACACCCAUCACAAACCGAGUCCUCCAGCACUCCCUUAUCCACUACCUCAACCCAGAACAUCGCGGGCCAUCCCCAGGGCCCACCUCGGCCCCUCUCCCAGGAAGCUGCCUUCCAGCAAUCUGCCCAAAACUACUCAAACUCAACUCAACAACAGACACCCAUUCAACAACAGCCGCAGCAGCAGCCGCAGCCGCAACCGCAGCAACCGCAACCUCAGCAACAGCAACAGCAACAGGCCGCAGCAACCGUCACCUCUUCCGCAACAACAACUACAACAGCCUCAUCCUCCUAA